GCGUCAUCUUCGCGCGACCCGCCUGGCCGUUCCAUUUACCCGGUGGCUCCGCGCCUCCCUGUAGGGUCCUCGUGACUUCUGCAAGUGAUACUGAAUGGCUUAAGGGAGGGAACUGGAGGAACCCAAGCAGUUCUCCUCGGAGCUGAGGAGUCUCGGCGGACCCUCGGAGCCAUUGGAGAUUUAUGCGGAGUCAUUAUAAUUAUUUUUAAUCUCAAUUCCAAAGGAUUAACCACUGGACAACAGUGCAAUUAUAUGAAAUUAUGGCUGGUUAUAAGCCUGUAGCUAUUCAAGCAUAUCCUGUACUUGGUGAAAAGAUCACACAAGAUACGCUGUACUGGAACAACUAUAAGACCCCUGUUCAGAUUAAGGAGUUUGGCGCAGUGUCAAAAGUAGACUUUUCUUCACAGCCACCAUAUAAUUAUGCUGUUACAGCUUCUUCAAGGAUUCACAUUUAUGGCAGAUACUCCCAAGAACCUGUAAAAACCUUUUCUCGAUUUAAAGACACAGCAUACUGUGCUACUUUUCGACAGGACGGUAAACUGCUUGUGGCUGGCAGUGAAGAUGGUGGAGUUCAUCUUUUUGAUAUAAGUGGAAGGGCUCCCCUUAGGCAGUUUGAAGGACAUACAAAAGCAGUUCAUACAGUAGAUUUUACAGCUGACAAAUACCAUGUGGUUUCUGGGGCUGAUGAUUAUACAGUUAAAUUGUGGGAUAUUCCAAACUCCAAAGAAAUUCUGACAUUCAAAGAACAUUCUGAUUAUGUGAGGUGUGGAUGUGCUAGCAAAUUGAAUCCGGAUCUCUUUGUAACAGGAUCAUAUGAUCAUACUGUGAAGAUGUUUGAUGCACGAGCAAAUGAGAGUGUUAUCUCUGUAGAGCAUGGACAGCCAGUGGAGAGUGUCUUGCUUUUUCCUUCUGGAGGUCUUCUGGUGUCAGCAGGAGGUCGUUACGUUAAAGUCUGGGACUUGCUGAAAGGAGGACAGUUGCUAGUGUCUUUGAAGAAUCAUCACAAAACGGUGACGUGUUUAUGUCUAAGCACUUCUGGACAGAGAUUACUUUCUGGCUCACUGGAUAGGAAGGUGAAGGUAUAUAGCACAACUUCCUACAAAGUAGUUCACAGUUUUGACUAUGCAGCUUCAAUUUUAAGUCUUGCACUUGCACAUGAAGAUGAGACCAUAGUUGUAGGAAUGACCAAUGGAAUACUGAGUGUUAAACAUCGGAAAUCUGAACCAAAGAAGGAUUCUCUUCCUAAGAGAAGAAGGCCUGCAUAUCGAACCUUUAUUAAAGGAAAAAAUUACAUGAAGCAACGGGAUGACAUUUUGAUCAACAGACCAUCAAAGAAAUACCUAGAAUUAUAUGACAGGGAUCUGAAACAUUUUCGGAUCUCUAAGGCACUUGACAGAGUCCUUGAGCCUAGUUGUACUAUAAAGACACCUGAGAUUACAGUCUCUAUCAUAAAGGAGCUAAAUCGAAGAGGGGUCCUUGCAAAUGCCCUCGCAGGUCGGGAUGAAAAGGAAAUUAGUCGUGUUCUUAAUUUUUUGAUAAGGAAUCUGUCUCAGCCACGAUUUGCCCCUGUUUUGAUCAAUGCUGCUGAAAUAAUUAUUGAUAUAUAUCUGCCUGUGAUUGGUCAGUCACCUGUAGUUGAUAAAAAGUUUUUGGUACUUCAAGGACUUGUAGAAAAAGAGAUUGAUUACCAAAGAGAGCUUCUUGAAACCUUGGGGAUGAUGGAUAUGCUUUUUGCCACUAUGACAAGGAAAGAAAGUACUCUGUGUUGCAGCAUGCAUCUGAUGGAUUUCUAGAAAAUAAGAAGAUAGAAUCAUAGUGUUUACUACAACUAAACCUAAAAACUCCUAACUUGGAAUAGAUUUGACUCUAUUAUUGGAAGGAGAAUUUUUUUGAUAUUGUAAAAACUCUUUUAGAAGCAA